AUGUCAACUUACUUCAAAGAAAUGGAACAAUACGUCCGUGCUGACCCUCCUCAAGAAAAAGUCCGUCUUCCCGUACAACAGGCAUUAUUAUAUGCACAAAUGGAAUGUUUGAAUCGUCACCUCCCGUUCACAGAAUAUCCAAAUCCAUUACCAAAGGAAUUUAGUCCUCUCACUCUUCCAAAGGAAUACUUAAACAUUCGUUCAAAAAUCAUUUCCAUAAUUCUCGGUCAAGCUGUCGGCGACGCUAUUGGUCUCUCAACUGAAUUUCUCUCGAAGGAACAAGCCGAGUUGUUUUAUAAACACGAGAGAAUCAAUUAUUCACAUUAUUUGAUAGACCAGCACCGUUCUCGGUGGAUGAAUUUGGACUGGAAAUGUGCGGACUGGACUGACGACACGGAUCAGUCGUUAUUAAUACUCGACUCUUUAGUUGCAAACAAUGGAAAUUGUAUAGCAGAAGACUUUGCAACGCGAUGUCUCUAUUGGUUCAAUUUUGGAUAUUCAGAAGUGGGCGAUAUAGGCGCCUUAGGUGUUGGAGCAAAUUUUAAGGCGAUUUUAUCGUCCAAAAAUUUCAACAGAACGCCUCUCAAAAAUUCAAUGGAAAUUUGGGAAAAAGGAGGAAGACGAGCUGCUCCUAAUGGAAGUGUCAUGAGGACUUCAACGGCUGCUAUUCCUUAUUUUUGGGACAUCGAAAAGGUUGAAGAGACUGCAAACACCUUCGGGAAGGUGACUCACUAUGACCCACGGUGCCAGGCCUCUGUUUCUAUAAUAGUUAAUUUAAUUGGGGAGUUCCUACGAGGCGAGUGUGAUUGUCAAAAAGCGAUUGAAUUUGCACGAGAAAGAGGUAGAAAGUACAUAGAAGGUAACAAGGAGUUUUAUUCCGAUUUUGAGAAAUUCACAAAUCCGAAGAGUUUGGAACAACUUGAUUUAAAUAAUUCGAUUGGGUACACGUAUAAGCCAGUUGGAUGUGCAAUGUGGGGGGUUAAAGAGGCACAGAAAUUGAAAAAUGAUGGGAAAAGUAACAAGGAAAUAUUUGAGAGUGUGUUGAUGGCUGUGACCUAUGAAGCGGGAGAUGCAGACACCAAUGGAGCAGUUGUUGGAGCAGUGUUGGGUGCUUACAUUGGCAAUUUAGAUAUGUUCCCCAAAGACUGGAUUGCAUUUGAUAACAAAAAGUGGCUUAUUGAGAGAAUCAACAGAAUGUUGAAAUUAAUGAAUUUGGAGGAAAUUAAAGAUGGAGAAAUUUAA